CCGGGCUUUCUGCAGCUCUCGCGAGACUUGGCCGGCGGUUGCUGGGAGACGCGGAGGCGACUGGGGGGCGGCCGGGCGAGCGAGAGGAGGAGGAGGGAGCGCCUCUGCCUGCCGGCGCCAUGGCACCCAAAAAGAAAGGAGAAAAGAAAGGUGGGGGCAAGAAGGGGAAGAAAGGCUCCCCGAUAGUGGACGUCAUCCCUGCAGAAGUCAUGACCAAAGAGCAGCUGGAGGAGCACAUUGGGCGUAUCCGGGAGGAGCUGGACCGCGAGCGGGAGGAGCGCAACUACUUCCAGCUGGAGCGAGACAAGAUCCACACCUUUUGGGAGAUCACACGGCGGCAGCUGGAUGAGAAGAAGGCGGAGCUGCGCAACAAAGACCGUGAAAUGGAGGAGGCUGAAGAGCGUCACCAAGUGGAGAUCAAGGUUUACAAGCAGAAAGUCAAGCACCUGCUGUAUGAGCACCAGAACAACAUCACGGAGCUGAAGGCGGAAGGUACAGUCUCCAUGAAGCUGGCCCAGAAAGACCACCGAGCCCAGGAGAUGGAGAUGCGCAAGGACAUGCGCACCCUGAAGGUGGAGCUGAAGGAGCAGGAGCUGGCCAACGAGAUGGUGGUGAAGAACCUGCGGCUGAAACAACAAGAGGACACGACUCGGCUGCGUAACGACUUUGAGAGGCAGGUGAAAGAGAUCGAGGCCAAGUACGAGAAGAAGAUGCGGGUGCUGCGUGAUGAGCUGGACCUGCGCCGGAAGACGGAGAUCCAUGAGAUCGAGGAGAGGAAGAACGGCCAGAUCAACACCCUGAUGAAGAAUCACGAGAAGGCCUUCAGCGACAUCAAGAACUACUACAACGACGUCACCCUGAACAACCUGGCGCUCAUCAACACCCUCAAGGAGCAGAUGGAGGAGAUGAAGAAGAAAGAGGACCACCUGGAGAAGGAAAUGGCCGAGGUCUUGCUGCAGAACAGGAGGCUGGUGGAGCCGCUCCAGCGAGCCCGUGAAGAAGUGGCUGAGCUCCAGAGGAAGCUGUCCCACUAUGAGAAGGACAAGGCCUUGCUGGCGAGCACCCAGGCCCGGCUGAAAGUCACCCAGAAGGAGCUGAAGGACCUCCAGUGGGAACACGAAGUGCUGCAGCAGAGGUUCAGCAAGGUGCAGGAGGAGCGUGAUGAGCUGUACCAGAAGUUCACCAAAGCCAUCAACGAGGUUCAGCAGAAAACUGGCUUCAAAAACCUGCUGCUGGAGCGGAAGCUUCUCGGCCUCUCCAGCAUCCUGGAGAAGAAGGACGUGCAGCUCAAUGAAGUGCUGGCCGCCUCCAACCUGGAUCCCAGCGCCCUCACCGUGGUCACCCGCAAGCUGGAGGACGUGCUGGAUGCCAAGAACAGCGCCAUCAAGGACCUGCAGUACGAGCUGGCCCGAGUGUGCAAGGCACACAACGACGUGCUGCGGACCUACGAGGCCAAGCUGACGGCCUUUGGGAUCCCCGUGGACAACCUGGGCUUCAAGCCCAUGGAGACCUCCGUGCUGGGCCACACGCUGGGCCAGGGCCCUGCUGGACUGGUCUCGACCCCCACGUAGCCGGGCCCGGCCCCUUCCGAGAGAGCCUCGUGUGCCGCCAGCAAGCCUGCUUCCCGCGCCCGCCGUGGGAUCGGAGACAGCCGUGGAGGGCCGGAAGGCAGCAGCCCCCUGGGAAGAGAGUGGGGCCGGGCCGCUCUGGCCAGGCCCUCCCCUGCAUUAAAGAAGGCCUUGUUGA